UUUGUGCUUUGGGUAUAAUCCUCCAAAAAAAACCACACUCUCAACUACCAUUUUGAAUAAAGAAAUUUCAUCAGUCUUAAAUAAAAUUAAUGAGGAGCUUAAAAAUGAGGAUAAUUUAACAUUAGCCAUUGACGGAUGGUGCGAUCCUUUAGGAAAAUCAAUUUAUGCAUUUGUUAUAAUUACUCCAAAUAGAAAGCAAUAUAUUCAUUCUUUGGUUCUUGAAACACAACCUGAAAUUUUUCGUGAUUCAUCUGUUGUAAAAGCAAUCAUUCGAGAUCAUCAAUUUUGGCAAGAAGUAGAAAAAUUUCGAGAUGUACUUGCACCUGCUAAAAGAGCAGUUAAAAAUAUUGAGGCCAAAUCAAGUAACAUGGCUUCAUGUUUUUUGGAAUUAGUGAAGAUGGCAAUUGCCAUUAAAAACCUGCCAUCUUCUUUGGAUACAAAUUUUAAAAGGCAAUGUAUUAGAAUAUUUAAUAAACGUUGGGAAAAAUUAGAUAUAAUGACAUAUCUUCUCACCUUUUUCUUCCACCCUAAAUAUCGAGCCAAAGGCUUUCAAAACACUAUCUUUCGUGAAAUGAGUUUGUUGGCUAUGAAAAUCUGGACAGAUUUUGGUGGUGGCACAAAUAGUUGUAAGAUUUUAAUGGCGCAAAUUCGAAAAUAUUCAGAAAAUUAUCCUCCUUAUGAUAUGGAAUAUAUUGAUAAUCAUGAUACACCUGAAAUUUGGUGGGCAACUUGCCGCCAACCAGAUAACUUUAUCCAACAAUUAGCUCUGAAAUUAUUUGCUGUCGUUCCUCAUCAAGUUGCAUGUGAAAGGGUGUUUUCUGUCCUAGAUUGGAUGAUUGGCAAAAGGAGAACAAGGAUAGAUACUACACGACUUCAAUCAAUGGCACAAAUCCACUCAUUUUAUAUUACCAAUGCAAAAACAGAGCUUAAUUAUCCCAAUAGUGAUUUAACUGAUGAUGAACUUGAUACCACCAUUCAAGAGAUUACUGCAGCAAUGGCUGAAGAUGAUGAUUUGUUUGAAUAUAGUGAAGAUAAUGAUUUAUUUGAGUAUGGUGAAGAAGAGGAGGGUGAAGAUCAAAACGAAGAGGAGGAUGAAAGUCUUGGUUUAAAUAAUGACAUUUUGUUUAUGGAAGAUAUUAUGAAUUUGAGCCUUGGAUUUGAUGAAAAUGGAAAUGAAGAUGAAAGUACAACUAGGAAUGAGCAGGAGAUUUUUGAUCAUGGUAAUCGUAAUGUUAAUUUUGAUGCAAUUUUUUCUGAAGAAUUGCUAGA